AUGGACAAUGACGAGUACGAGCAAAGUACCACUGUUCCCCAGCAUGCUCUUGUUUCGGAAGACGUUGAUUGGGAGUCGCACCCAGAAAACCCCCGAAACUUUUCGCUACAACGCCGCGUGGCGUCCACGGUUGCGGUGACUUUUCUAGCUCUUGUGAGCACUUUAGCAGCCUCGAUUUACAGUCCGGCUCAUGCAGAGGUCUCCGAGGAAUUCAAUGUUUCCGAAGUGGUGGCUAUCCUGCCGCUGGCGCUCUACAAUCUGGGUCUAGCAUUUGGACCUCUUGUCGGAGCGCCGCUCAGUGAAAGUUGUGGUCGAAAGGUAGUUUUCCUGAGUACGACCCCCAUUUUUGCAGCAUUCACCCUGGGAGCAGGUCUGUCACGGAGUGUGGCUGGCUUGAAUGUCUGCAGGUUUUUCGCAGGCGUUUUCGCUUCUCCAGCCAUCAGCAAUGCAUCCGCAACGAUCAUCGAUUAUACUGCCGGGCGGUAUCGGGGAGUCUCACUUGCAUUUUACUACUCGAUACCCUUCUUUGGAGCAGUCUCUGGAUGA